GAAAAUUUCCAUCACUGAAUGCGCAUAGGCUAUGCAUCCAGUAUGGUGGAUUUUUUUUUUCUCAAUCGUUACCAUACCAAGGUACGGAACCUCCGAUUCGGGGCACUCGCUGACGAAUGAACGCCAACCUAUUCACUUGUCAUUUCAACACUCCAAGAAUAGAAAGAAUUUACCGUGAAGCUUCAUAUACUUAGAAUUAUUACCUAUUCGUUUAUUUUUCACCUGGCGUCUUUCCAUUGUUCUGCACCGUCCAAUUUGUUUACUUCCAGACGAUAGAAUCUACUAGUUUACGUUAAAACUGCCCCACCGUUACCAGGAUUUUUUUUAUCGACUGUGACGUCGUACUAGAGGGGUCUCAACAUUCAGGAGCAAGGCGUUUGCUCAUUCGCGUCUCAUGGCAAUGGACGCCAUACUCCAAGGAAACACCAGCAGUGAGGGCUGGAUUGUGCAAAAGUUCGGAGGUACAAGCGUCGGGAAAUUUCCAGAUUCGAUCGCAGAAGACAUUAUUCGGGCAAGCUUGAAGUCGAAUAAGAUCGCUGUCGUCUGCUCUGCGAGAAGCUCUGGCAAGAAAGUAUCCGGCACCACAAGUCGCUUAUUAGAGGUAUACAAGCACUUGCGCGCCAUAUCAGCAGCUACCAGCAAUGAUAUUACACAGACUGAGUUCGUCGACGCAGCCAAGCUUGUUGUCCAAGACAUCUGCAAUGAACAUAUCUUGGCAGUACAGGCUUUCCUAAAGAACCCUGACUUACAAAGAGCUCUCGCCUCAGACAUCAAAGAUGAUUGUCAGGAAUUGAUAGACUACAUCAUCGCCGCCAAACGAUUUAACCUAGAGGUCAACGCUAGAUCCAAGGACCGGGUUGUCAGCUUCGGCGAGAAGCUGAGUUGUAGAUUCAUGGCCUAUUUGUUAAAAGACAGGAAUGUCGAUGCAGAAUAUGUGGAUAUGUCCGAUGUUAUGCAUUAUGACAGCUCCGACCGAUUAACUCCGGCCUUCUACAAAGAUGCAGCAGCCAUCUUCCGAAAAAGGAUACAAGCCUGUAAUGAUAGGGUACCUGUCGUCACAGGCUUCUUCGGCAAUGUCCCAGGUAGCUUGAUGGACGGAGACAUAGGUCGAGGAUACACCGACUUAUGCGCGGCAUUGGUUGCGGUAGGACUCAAAGCUCAAGAACUGCAGAUAUGGAAGGAGGUGGAUGGUAUUUUCACAGCAGAUCCCACCAAAGUCCCCACAGCGAGGUUAUUGGCUUCUAUCACGCCAUCUGAAGCAGCAGAACUUACCUUCUAUGGCUCCGAAGUCAUCCAUCACCUGACCAUGGAUCAGGUCAUCAAGGCCGAUCCUCCAAUACCUAUUCGCAUCAAGAAUGUGAAUAAUCCUCGCGGCAAUGGUACUAUUGUGGUUCCAGACCCAGUACAUUCCCCCACACAACAGAUCAAGAGAUCUCGACCGUCCGAAACCUCGUUACAAAAACACGUUAAGAGACCUACCGCCGUGACCAUCAAGAACAACAUCACCGUCAUCAACGUCCACUCAAACAAGCGUUCCAUUUCUCAUGGAUUCUUUGCCAAGGUGUUCUCGAUCCUCAACAGCCAUAGGAUAUCGGUCGACUUAAUCUCCACGAGUGAGGUCCACGUAUCCAUGGCUAUCCACUCUAGCAGUCCGUCCGUUCGCCACUUCGAAAAAGCCAAGACAGAACUGGAAGAAUGCGGUGACGUGAGCAUAUUGCUGGAUAUGGCGAUUCUCAGCUUGGUGGGUGCGGAAAUGAAGAAUAUGAUUGGUAUUGCCGGCCGUAUGUUCUCCACGCUGGGAGAACAUAACGUUAACAUUGAGAUGAUAUCCCAGGGUGCGAGCGAGAUCAAUAUAUCGUGUGUCAUCGAUGCGAGGGAAGCUACUCGGGCUAUGAAUAUAUUACACACGAAUCUAUUCACCUUCCUGGAUUAGUGAUGCGAUAUACCUGCAUAGGAUCAAUUACACCUCUUGCGAUGUGCUGGCGACAGUCUAGCAGAUGGUUAGUGUAUAUAUCUCGAUACGGCCUUGAUGUAUUAGUGAGCCUAUCAAAUGGAACCAGAGCUGGAUGGGGGGUGUUUGAAAACAAGAGGCUCGAUAGAUUUCGUUAUAUAGGCUUGUGAGCUGGGAUACAAUGCGUAUACGAUUUGGCCCUCUGCUAGGUAUAUGAUUCCGAAGUCAUGGCUUGAAACUAUGAUUUGCUCUUCUUUUGCGCGAUUUUAUGAGAAUGAAAUAUAUUGAAAGUGUCUUUGGUACGGAAGAUAGUGAGUUACGAAGUCGUAAUGUGAAU